CUAUGUGUAGUUAGUCGAAGAACAUCAACAAUUCGAAGACCAUCACCGAUUCAAAAACAUCGCAGCAUCUUUCUCUGAAAAUGAAUCGAAGUUGGAUGUAUGAUAGAGUAAACUCCAAUAGGUAUGGUUUGAAAGAUGAUUUUGUUAGUGGAGUUGAAGAUUUUGUCAAUAAGGCCAUGAAUCGACCAGAAUUUUUAAAUGAUGGAGGGAUAAGAUGUCCUUGUGUAAAAUGCGUCUGCAUUCCCUUUAAGGCGCCUAGUGAGGUUAGACAUCAUUUGUACAAAGAUGGUUUUUUGCCCAACUAUUACACAUGGACUGAUCAUGGAGAAGAUAAUCAGAAUAUAGGCUUUGAUGUUCAUUCCAAUAGUGGCGGAAAUGCUGGUGGGGAUAAUCUGGAUGAUGAAGAACAAUUUGAUGCAAUGAAUGAAAUGGUCUAUGAUGCUAGUAGGCAAUUUGUUAAUGCCCCAAAUGUGAAUGCUAAUAUGGAAAAUGAAACGGUUGGUGAGGGCGAGGUACCAAAUGGAGAAGCUCAACGAUUUUAUGAUGUAUUGACCUCUGCAAACCAACCCCUUUAUGAGGGAGCUUCUGAAUCCAGACUAUCUAUUUCAGUUAAGUUGUUGGCUGCCAUGUCUAAUUGGCAUGUUCCUCAAAAGGCCUUGGAUUUUUUCACUCAAAUGCUUAUCGAUGUUUGUCCAACAAAUCAACGCUUACCUGAAAACCAUUACCAAGUGAAGAAGUUGGUGUCUAAGUUAGGAUUGGAGGUUGAGAAAAUUGAUUGUUGUGUGAAUGGAUGCUUAUUAUUUUAUAAAGAAGAUAGCACUUUAACUCAAUGUAGAGUUUGUGGGGCUGCUAGGUAUGUUCCUCGAAAGAGUGGAAUGGGAGACUACAAAGAUGUGGCUGUGAAGAGAAUGUUAUACUUUCCAAUCAUUCCUAGGUUACAACGACUUUAUGCUUCAAAGGAAUCUGCAUCUCAAAUGAGAUGGCAUCGCGAAAACACGAGCAAUCCAAAUGUUAUGCGUCACCCAUCUGAUGGAAAAGCAUGGAAACACUUUGAUGAAGUUUAUCCUGAUUAUGCUAGUGACCCAAGAAAUGUAAGAUUAGGUUUAUGUACUGAUGGGUUUACACCUUACAUUCAAGCCUCUAGUUCUCCGUAUUCAUGUUGGCCGAUAAUAGUCACACCGUAUAAUCUCCCUCCUGAAAUGUGCAUGACCAAACCAUACAUGUUUUUGACUUGUCUUGUACCUGGACCGUACAACCCAAAAGCUAAAAUAGAUGUUUACUUGCAACCUUUGAUUGAUGAUUUGUUGCGCUUGUGGAAAGAUGGCAUUGUGACAUAUGAUAUCUCUAUGAAGCAAAAUUUUGUAAUGAGAGCGCAUUUAAUGUGGACAAUCAAUGGUUUUCCAGCAUAUGGUAUGUUGUCUGGAUGGGGGACACAAGGUAGAUUAGCAUGCCCUUAUUGCAUGGAUAGUACAGAGGCUUUCACCUUAGACUAUGGGGGAAAACAAUCUUGGUUUGAUUGUCAUCGUCGGUUUUUACCAAUGGAUCAUCCAUUUAGAAAAAGUAAAAAGAGAUUUGCAAAAAACAAGAUUAAGAAAAAAAGACCACCUUACAUGUUUACCGGCCAUGAUCUCUGGGAAGUUGUCCGUGAUUUUCCAAAAGUGACAGACAGUGAUUGGGCUACCAAAUUUCCAGGGUAUGGUAAACAACAUAAUUGGAUCAAAAGAAGUAUAUUUUGGGAUCUUCCAUAUUGGAAGGACAACUUGUUAAGGCACAACCUUGAUGUGAUGCACAUCGAGAAGAAUGUAUUUGAUAAUGUGUUUAACACCGUCAUGAAUGAUCCUGCAAAAACAAAGGACAAUGAAAAGGCAAGAUUGGAUUUACCUCUUAAUUGUUUACGUGGGGAUUUAGAGUUGCGUCCUCUACCUAAUGGAAAGAUGUCUAAGCCAAAGGCAAAAUUUUCGUUGACAUUCGAAGAGGCAAAGCUAGUCUGUAGAUGGAUUAAGGAACUAAAAAUGCCUGAUGGCUAUGCUUCGAAUCUUUCUAGGAUGAAGGGGAUGAAAUCCCAUGACUGUCAUGUAUUCAUGGAGUGUUUGCUUCCAAUUGCUUUUCGUUCCUUGCCUAGUGAGAUAUGGAAGCCGCUAACUGAGUUAAGUCGAUUUUUUAAAGACUUGUGUUGUAAUACAUUGAAGUUGGAAGACCUUGUUAGGUUGGAGCAGAACAUUCCCAUCAUCAUAUGCAAGCUAGAAAGAAUUUUUCCACCAGGUUUCUUUGACUCGAUGGAACAUCUCCCAAUUCACCUGCCUAAUGAAGCAAUCCUUGGUGGUCCUGUACAAUAUCGUUGGAUGUAUCCAUUUGAAAGAUUGAUGGGAGACUACAAGCGUUCAGUGAAAAAUAAAGCCAGGGUUGAAGGUUCAAUAUGCACUGCCUACCUGCAUCGUGAAACUACUUAUUUUUGCUCUCACUAUUUCAAGACCGUUAGUUUGUUGCCAAGUACAAGUUCUAGAAACGAUCCUGGAUCAUAUCAUGAGAAUGUCCAACAAACACUUUCUGUUUUUAACAAAUGUGGUCGUCCUAGUGGAAAGCCUCGAGACUAUUGGGUGCUUGAUAAAGAAUGGGAAUCUGCUCACAUGCACGUCCUAAUCAAUUGUGAUGAGGUUAAACCGUACCUCGAAUUGUUCAUGCAAUAUCAUCGUAUCAAUGAGGACGAUGCUUCUGGUCUUAUACACGAGCAAUUUCCUUCAUGGCUAAAGGAAUAUGUGAAUGAUGAGAGAAAUGGAACACCUAGUCCAUACGUGAAGGCAUUAGCAUUCAGUCCUAAUCCUAAGGCAACAUCAUGGCACAUCUACUUUGUUAAUGGGUACAAGUUUCACACUGAAGAAUGGAGUCAUGGUAAAAAGACUACUAAUUGUGGGGUACAUGUUAAAGGAAUUACAAAUGGAGGAGAAGAUGAUUUUUAUGGUAUCAUCCAACGUAUCCUUCAAUUGGAAUACUAA